GACAGAUGACAGACUUUAGGGCAGCUCUAAAGCCCCGGUCGGGGCCUAAGCCGGGGUCUGAAAUCAAGACAAGCACCCCAACGAAGGUUGACUUCAGAUCAUUGCUCAACAAGAAAGAUGGUUCAUCCAAAGCACCUGCUGCCACACCACCCCCAAGCAGCGCACCUUCAGGCUUCAGGUCUGUCCUGAACAAAAAGCAAGCACCAGAACCAGAGAAGACUGAGGAAAACGAACAGAAUCCAUCAAAACCAACACUCAAGACACCCCAGAAGGAAAAUCGAAGUGGUGUCAAUGGCGUAAAUGGUGGCGAAAAGGUGAAUGUAAAGGAAAACCCGACAACAGAGAAAAAAAACAGCAGCAAUGAUGUAGGGACAACUGAAAACAAGGAGAAAGCCAGUCCCAAGAACAAGACAAAUGAUGGACAAAUAACAGAGACAAACGAUAAAAAGGCAAAAGUGGUGAACGGAGGAGAAGGAUGCUGGAAAGACGCCUGUUUUCACACAGACUCUCGGUGACAUCACUGUGGUGGAUGGAGAGAAGCUGAGGUUAGAGUGUCAGGUGACCUCUGACCCACAAGCUGUCAUAACCUGGAUACUUGAUGGGAAAAUCGUGAAGCCAUCCAAGUUCAUCAUCUUAUCACAGGAAGGUGAAAAGUGUUCCCUUACAAUUGACAAGGCUCUACCAGAGGACGAAGGGCGAUACACAUGCAGAGCAGAGAAUGCACGUGGUAAAGCAGAGUGUUCCUGUAUGGUCACUGUUGAUGAUCCUUCAGACCCAUCAGCAGAUAAGAAAAACAGGAAGAGCCCUUGUGCAACUCCCACAACAGAAAAUGAAGCCAGAAUAAAGAAGAAACCAGCUCCCGCCAAACAGUGUUCUCCGCCUCAGUUUCUGCAGUUCUCUGGAGAUCGGAAGAUCAGGGCAGGAGAAAAGGUGGAGCUGUUGGGCAACUUUGGAGGGUCGGCACCAAUAACUUGCACCUGGCUCAAAUUUAAAAAGCCGAUCCAGCCAGGAAGUAGGGGCAUUUCCAUAGAGACCAGAGAGAACAGCAGUCAGCUGACAAUCACAGCGAGCGACCAGGAUCACUGCGGCUGCUACACUCUAGAACUGCAGAAUAAAUUUGGCACCAAGCAGGCCUCACUCAAUCUCACCAUCGUAGAUAAGCCAGAUCCCCCAGCCGGCAUCCCUGCUGCUUCCGACAUCCGCAUGUCUUCACUCACUCUCUCCUGGUACGGCCCCACUUACGAUGGAGGCAGCGUCGUCCAGUCAUACAACCUGGAGAUCUGGAACUCCAUAGACAACACAUGGAAUGACCUGACCUCUUGUAACAGCACCUCAUACCAUGUCCAGAACCUUCUCGUCGAUCGUCACUAUAAGUUCCGCGUUCGAGCUGUUAAUGUGUAUGGAGUUGGAGAGCCCAGCGCAGAAUCUGAGCCCAUUAAAGUGGGAGUGGAGGAGAUAACAGAGAAAAAGGAAGAGGGGGAAGUUGGAGCCACUGUGUCUGAUGAUGAUGAGGAGAAAGAACCAGAAUACAGAGAUGUGGUCAUUAAGAAAGACUGUAGCGUUAAGGACUUCUAUGAUAUAGAGGACCGCUUAGGAACUGGUAAAUUUGGUCAAGUCUUCAAAUUAGUGGAGAAGUCCUCCAAGAAGGUAUGGGCAGGGAAGUUCAUCAAGGCAUUCUCACAAAAGGACAAGGAGAACGUGAGGCAGGAGAUUGGUAUCAUGAACAGCCUUCACCACUCCAAACUGGUGCAGUGUGUGGACGCCUUUGAGGGAAAGUCUGACUUGGUCAUGGUCUUGGAGAUGAUCUCUGGAGGUGAGUUGUUUGAGCGAAUCGUCGAUGAGGAUUUCGAGCUGACUGAGCGAGAGGUGAUCAAGUACAUGCUGCAGAUCAUAGAUGGAGUGCAGUUUAUCCACAAGCAGGGCAUUGUCCACUUGGAUCUCAAACCUGAGAACAUCAUGUGCAUCAACAAGACGGGAAGCAAGAUCAAACUUAUUGACUUUGGACUCGCUCGAAGGCUAGAGGAUUCUGGCUCUCUGAAGGUCCUGUUUGGAACUCCGGAGUUUGUAGCUCCUGAGGUGAUCAACUAUGAGGCUAUCAGCUACCCAACAGACAUGUGGAGUAUUGGCGUCAUCUGUUACAUUCUUGUCAGUGGUCUCUCACCAUUCAUGGGAGAUAAUGACAAUGAAACCCUUGCCAAUGUCACCUCAGCCACCUGGGAUUUUGAGGAUGAGGCAUUUGAUGAGAUUUCCGAUCAGGCCAAAGACUUCAUCAGCAGUCUCCUGAAAAAGGACAUGAAGGCCAGACUGACCUGCGCUCAGUGUUUCGAGCACUCCUGGCUCAAACAGGACACUAGAAAUAUGGAGGCUAAACAGCUGUCCAAAGAGAGGAUGAAGAAGUACAUCCUGAGACGCCGCUGGCAGAAAACAGGGAAUGCAGUGCGAGCUAUCUCUAGGUUCAGCUCUAUGGGAAUGUUAGGAGGCAUCGGACCAAAGAAAAGCUCUCCGACUGAUGAAGAGCCUCCUGCACCAUUCUUUGAGAUUGCGGAGGAUGAAAACCGCACACCAGAGGCUCCCACCUUCUCCUCUGUCAUUCAGGAUGUGGAAGUGGUGGAAGGCAGUGCUGCCCGCUUUGACUGCAAGAUUGAGGGGUACCCAGACCCAGAGAUAGUGUGGUACAAGGAUGACCAGCCUAUUAAGGAGACUCGUCACUUCCAGAUCGACUAUGAAGAGGACGGCCACUGUAGCCUGGUGAUCUCAGAGGUUUGCCCCGAUGAUGAUGCUAAGUACACCUGCAAAGCCGUCAACAGUCUGGGAGAAGCUUCCUGCACCGCUGAACUGUUGGUGGAGUUCAUGCAGGAGGAGGAAGGAGACGGAGACGGUGAAGGAGAGGAGGACUGAAUAAAGACGGAAACAGAAGUGUAAAAUGAUGGACGGUGUGAGAAAGAGGAGAGUGGCUUAAUACCACAGAAACUAUGAAUAUCUUAAACAUUUAUACAAUUUCGAUUCUCCUUUUUUACACCAUCUUUAUGUUUCUUCUUACUGCCUAGAAUAGUUCUGAGUAAAACUGUUUGCUGAGAUCAAAGACAUUCCUGCUUGUGUCUUUCUGUCCAGAUAAUGAUCCCAACUGUUUUACCAAAAGGGACUGCAAAAUUAGAUAUAUAGCAAGCAAUCCUUUGAUGUUGGGACACCUGGACAAAAAAAAAAAAAAAAAAAAAAAAA